GCCUUGGGAGCUAAUCGCGGCGGCGAGCCGGGGUCACGGGGGGUUUGAAUCGCCCAAUGGGGGAGCUGCGGGCAGCGUCCCAGAAGCGGACCCGGAAGUUCGGCGGCGGGUCCCGCUGCUGCUGCUGCUUGUCCUGCCCUUGCUGCUGCCCCCUGCCCCGUCCCCCCUCGCCCCGGCCCAGGGGUCUCCAUGGCAGCAACAGCUACCGCCGCCUCGCCGCCAAUUUCGAGGAGAUCCUGAGGCGGCGGCUCCGAACCCGGCUCGGCCCCGCAUGGUGUCCCCCCUCCAUCAAAAACGAGAGAACUGCAAUCUCAGCACAGAGAAAAGUGUCACAAGAAACUGAUGAUCUUAUGCUAACUCCGAAACACAAACAGAAAAUGAAAGGGGAUACCGUGAACGUGCGCCGAAGCGUUCGGGUGAAAACCAAGGUCCCCUGGAUGCCCCCAGGCAAAACAUCCAUCCGGGAGUCUGCCUACAAGUGGGAGGGACCAACCCAUCGCUUGGAAAUUACUCCUCCAGAUUCAGAAAAACUGCUCUCGGUGCUGCGUCUGAGUGACCUCUCUACAGACGAGGAGGAUGCUAUUCACAGCAAGAUGAACAAAUAUGAGAAGAAGAUAGAUAGCCUGAUGAAUGUAGUGGGGACACUGAAGAAUGAGGCCAAGAUACAGAAGCGGGAAGAACAACAGCAGAUGGCAAAGCGUCUCCUUGAGGAGCAGAAGGAUGAGCUAGAUGAAGUCACACAGGAGCUGGUGGAGACAGAACAUGAGAAUACCUUGCUCCGACGUAACAUUGAGCGCAUAAAGGAGGAGAAAGAUCUUACUUUAAUGCAGAAGAGGCACUUGCAGCAUGAGAAGGAGUGUUUGAUGUCCAAGUUAGUUGAGGCGGAGAUGGAUGGAGCUGCCGCAGCCAAACAGAUUCAUGCGCUGAAAGAUACGAUUGGGAGACUCAAAAAUGAGAAACACAUGACCAGCUCAGACGUUAAUACGCUGACAAGGCAAAAAGAGUUGCUGCUACAGAAAUUAAGCACUUUUGAAGAAACCAAUAGGACACUCCGGGAUCUACUUAAAGAACAGCACAACCGGGAGAAAGAUGCACAGAAAUUGAUGGAGCAGCAGGGGUUGCUGCUAAAAAGGCUGUCUGACUCGGAUGCAGAGAAAGCGAAUCUGAAGAUGAGGCUACAGGAGAAAGAGAAGGAGGUGGAAGAUCUCAUCAGUCAAAUACAGACAGAAAAGGAUCAAGCGAAGACAGCAUGCGAACUCUCCAAAUCCAUGGAAGCUGUGAGGGGUCAUUUACAAGCUCAGCUGCGAAAUAAAGAAGCUGAAAAUAAUCGUCUGGCUAUUCAGAUCCGGAAUCUGGAGCGCAGUGGGGCUCAGCAUAAGGCGGAGGUGGAACAUAUCAUGGAACAGCUAAAAGAGCUGAGGCAGAAGGGGGAGCGUGAUAAGGAGGCCCUGAAGAAAGCCAUACGCGCACAGAAAGAGCGGGCUGAGCGCAGUGAGGAAUAUGCAGAGCAGCUGAAUGUACAGCUAGCAGAAAAGGACAGUUAUGUUACCGAGGCACUGUCCACUCUGGAGUCCUGGAGGAGCCGCUACAACAAAGUAGUGAAGGACAAGACUGACCUGGAGCUUGAGAUUGUUAUGCUGAACAGCCGUAUUACAGACUUGUUGGAGCAGCAGACCUCCAUGGAGGACAAAAUGCGGGAAGACAGAGAUGCUCUGGUGGAUAAACUGCACCGACAGGCCACAGAGAGCACGUCUUUCAAAAUGGAGAAUGAAAGGCUGAAGGCUACCAUGGUCCCAGUGGAGGAGAAGCUGAACCAAGCUCAGAUGGAGGUGCAGCAGCUCAAGGCAUCUCUGAGGAACUAUGAAGGGCUAAUUGAAACCUACAAGUCUCAGGUAUUGAGAACCCGAAUGGAAGCCGAUGAGGUGACUGUGAAACUGGAGCUUUGUGACAAAGAGAAUAAGACACUAAAAGAUGAAAUGAACAAGGAGAUUGAGUUGGCUCGGAAGCAGUUCCAGAGACAGCUUGCUGAACUAGAAAAGCUGCCCGAGAUCCUGAAGAUCACGGAAACAAAGCUGGCAGAAUGUCAGGAUCAGCUGCAGAGUUAUGAAAAAAAGAACAUGGACCUUUCUGCCAUGAUUACAGAUCUUCGUCAGCGGAUUGAGUUCCAGGGAGACAAAAUGGAAAUGACAAGAGAGAAGUAUCAAUCUGCCCAGGAGGAGAACAAGCAGCUGAUCUUGAAGCUAGAGGAGCUGGAGAGGAAACUAGAGUCGACGGGUGCACAGAACAUAGAGUUCCUUCAGGUCAUAGCUAAAAGGGAGGAGUCUAUCCAUCAAUCCCAGCUGCGAUUGGAGGAGAAAACCCGUGAGUGUAGCUCCUUGGCUCGGCAGCUGGAGAUGGCCAUUGAAGAUGCCAAAAGACAGGUGGAACAAACGAGGGACCGAGCAGCAUCUAGAGAGAGGGCAGCCCAGUCCAAGAUGUUGGAGUUGGAGACCCAGCUGAGCCGGACGAAAACAGAACUAAACCAGCUGCGUCGGAGCAAAGAAGAUUCAGAGCACCGAUACCAAAGCCGUCUACAGGAUUUAAAGGAUCGCCUGGAGCAGUCUGAAAGCACCAACCGCAGCAUGCAAAACUAUGUCCAGUUCCUCAAGUCCUCUUACGCCAAUGUCUUUGGAGAAAGUGCCUUAUUGAGCUCACCUAUCCGUUCCCGAUCUCCUCCAUGAUAAUAGUUCCCUCCCUGUCCCUCUGCAAUUGAGGUACAAAAAGGGGGCCUUAUUUCAAAGCCAUAUCUUGUGCAGAAAACUGGUUGGGAUUUCAGAGUCCAUAUAAAGAGAAGUCUUCCCCGCAUUCUUGUUGUCUGGGUGAGAUGGAGCUGCAGUGGUGUACAACAGGAAAAUGGGAUAGUUUUCUAUCUGGAGAUUGGCACUGCAAAUCUGGGUUGGAGUAUGUGGGGAAUGCUUUCCUUUUCAUCUCCUAAUCCCCCAGUGGUUACUUCUCUUGUAACUAACCUGGUGGUCUUUUUAAUUAAUCAUAUUAGAUAUUUUUUAUUUUUGUAAGAGUUACAUCUCUUCCUUUUUGCUCUUCCUACCUUAUGUUCUUUUCUCACACUGCAAAGAUCAUGUUUGUUUUUAACUCUCACAUACUGUGUUGAUACAGCUGACCAAUGGGGAUAUUGGGAGAUAGUGCCACCAGUACAAGUGUGAACCCAUCAGUGAUAACUAAGUGACUGGAAUCCACGCUGAGAGUGGGUUACCUCCUGAUCAUCCACCCUUUUUAUAAACAAUUUUGUACUGGGAAACAAUGAAAUUGUAUCUUCUGAAGGUUUCUCACCUGAUUCAUGAAUACUGUCUGAUCCUUUAUCGUUCUUGAGUGUGUGGUUGGUGUGUGUUAAUGCUUCUAAUCUGCAUAUUUUCUGGAUGACCUUUUCCUCCCAACAGCCUGAUCCUGCAUUCCUUGCACAUCCCAGGGUCUGAGUCAAAGCCAUGGAAAGAGUCACAUUAAUUUCAGUGGGUCUGGAAUCAGGACCCCAGUCCAAAUACAGUGGGAGCUUUGAGUCAGCUGUAGGGAAAAAUAAAAUAAAAAGACAGACUUGAUGCUUGGCUUUGCCUUCAGAGCCAGCCUGCACAUACUCCUGUGAUGUGAGGUCAUCUCUGGUAUGUGAAGAAAUGUCAAGGUCUGUGGGUUCUACUGUGUCCUCCAGUAAGCAGCUGUUCUGAAAUAUAGUAAACAUUCAUUUCAUUUCAACCACAGCUGUUUGGCUGGGGGCUUUUUGGUGUUUUUUUGUUUGUUUGUUUUAAAUUCUGUUUAUAUGAGAUGCAGUAAUCAGUGGAAUGUUUGAUAAGGGAUUUCUAUGUUUCUUUUAAUCAGUAUUUGAGAGUUCUGUUUUAAUGUGUAACUUAAAAAAAAAAAGGUGCUAUGAUAAAAUUAUUAAACUUCAAAAGUUUUAAAA